AUGAGCCAGAGGCCGCCUGCCGACUACCUCGAGCGGAGGCAGCCACACAUUCAGCCAAAGUCGCGCGAAUUUCUGGUCGACUACCUUACCGAGACGCACGCUGAGCUACGCCUUCACGCCGAGUCGCUCUUUGUGACAGUGUUUCUGCUGGACAGCUACUUGGACCGCCAUGAGCCGGUGGAGGCACGAAAGCUCGAGCUCGUUGGCAUCACCGCCAUGUUUCUCGCCGCCAAGUACGAGGAG